AUGCGGUUGUUUUGCCUCCCUGCAGGGAAAGGGGGUAACAAAGGUGCGGGCAGCAAGGACAAGAAGAAUGUGAAGAAGGUGACUGUGUCCAAACCCAACAGCAUCAAAUCCAUGUUCAUGGCCAGCUCGGUGAAGAAGAGCUCGGAGAAAGACAUUGACUUAUCUAAGGAUGACUUACUGGGGGACCUCCUGCAAGAUCUCCAUUCUGAGAAGCCCCAGCUGCUGACGCCCCCGCCUGUCAUAACUCUGAAGAAGAAGAAGCUGCUAGUGGGAGUGCCCCAGAAUCCGUUCUCUGUGAAACUGCAGGCCCCCAAGGCUUCUCCGUCUCCAAGCUCGUUGAAAGCGGCUUCUGUUCCUGCCCGCCCGGCUGGCUCUUCUCUCCGGCUGGCUCACCCUGUGAAGAGCGCUGGAACUCCCGGGACGAAGAGAGUAAAGCUCGAGGAAGAGCCUCGGGUAGAUGAGGCUGUGGAAGACAUGCAGUUUGAUGAGGGAGACUUUGAUGAGCUGAUGGAGUUUGAGAAUGUAGAGGAGCCUGCCACAGCUGCCAGUGCUGCUGCCCAGCCAGUGAAGGAGGAGCCACAGCCUGAACCCAUCAUCAAAGUGGAGCCCAAGACUGAGCCAACUGACAAACACAUCGCUUUGAAGAGCUCCUCGAUCCCCGAGUCCUCGUGCUGGGAGCGCAUGGACCAGGAGGACAGCAGUGCGGGUGCAGUGGAGGUGCAUGUGGACUCCAGCCGUCUGCCUCUCGUCAUGGGAGCCGAGGGGGAGAAGGUCUUCAGAUUCUACUGGCUGGAUGCCUUUGAGGACCCCUACAAUCGUCCAGGCCUUGUAUAUCUGUUUGGUAAAGUUUGGAUCGAGUCUGCAAAGGCUCACGUCAGCUGCUGCGUGGUAGUGAAGAAUAUCGAGAGGACGAUGUAUCUGUUGCCACGGGAGACUAGAGUAAAUCUUAAAACCGGGGCGGAGACGGGCACCCCAGUGACCAUGAUGGACGUGUACCAGGAAUUCAACGAGAUCGCCGACAGAUACAAGAUCAUGAAGUUCAAGUCGAAGAAAGUGGUGAAGAACUAUGCUUUUGAGAUCCCAGAUGUCCCUGAGCAGUCUGAGUAUUUGGAAGUGAGAUACUCUGCUGACCUGCCCCAGCUGCCCCAGGACCUGAAAGGGGAGACCUUCUCCCAGGUGUUCGGGACCAACACCAGCAGCCUAGAGCACUUCCUGUUGGGCAGGAAGAUCAAGGGGCCAUGCUGGCUGGAUGUGAAAACUCCCCAGCUGGCCAGCCAGCCGAUGAGCUGGUGCAAAGUGGAGGCGGUGGCGUUGAAGAGUGAUCUGGUGAGCGUUGUGAAGGACAUUGCGGCCCCGCCCCUCGUGGUCCUGAGCAUCAGCAUGAAGACCGUGCAGAAUCUGAAAACUCAUCAGAACGAGAUCGUGUCCCUGGCAGGCUUGCUGCAUAACCAGUUUCCUCUGGACAGAGCUCCCCCGCAACCUCCCUUCCAGACACACUUCUGUGUGAUCAGCAAGCCAAACGACUGCAUCUACCCGUUCGAUUUCAACGAAGCUGUGAAAAGAAAGAACGCCAAGGUGGAGAUUGCUUCAACAGAGAGAACAUUACUGGGGUUUUUCCUGGCAAAACUUUACAAGAUCGACCCUGAUGUCAUUGUGGGCCAUGACAUCUACAGCUUUGACCUGGAUGUUCUGCUGCAGAGAAUCAACGCCUGCAAGGUGCCUAACUGGUCCAAGAUCGGACGCUUGAGAAGAUCCGUCAUGCCCAAACUUGGGGGCCGCAGUGGCUUUGCAGAGAAGAACGCUACUUGUGGGAGAAUGAUCUGCGACGUGCAGAUCUCAGCCAAGGAGCUUAUCCGCUGCAAGAGCUACCACCUGUCUGAGCUCGUCCUGCACAUCCUCAAGAGCGAGAGGCCUGUGAUCCCCCAAGAAGACAUUAAGAAUCUCUAUAGCGAUUCCCAUCGCCUGCUGUACCUCUUGGAGAGCACCUGGAUGGAUGCCAAGUUCAUUCUGCAGAUCAUGUGUGAGCUGAACGUUCUCCCGCUGGCCUUGCAGAUCACUAACAUCGCCGGGAACGUCAUGUCCAGGACCCUGAUGGGUGGGCGUGCAGAAAGAAAUGAGUAUCUCUUGCUGCAUGCGUUCCACGAGAGGGAUUACAUCGUACCAGACAAGCAGGUCUUCAAGAAAGUGCAGCAGGAUCACGUUGAUGAGGAUGACGAGGGGGAUGCAGGCCAGGGCAAGUCCAGGAAGGUCAAGAAGAAGGCAGCCUACGCUGGAGGUCUCGUCCUGGAACCCAAAGUUGGUUUCUAUGACAAGUUCAUCCUGCUGCUGGAUUUCAACAGCUUGUACCCCUCCAUCAUCCAGGAGUUCAACAUCUGCUUCACCACAGUGCAGAGGCUUGCCCCAGGCUCCCAGAAAACAGCUGAGGGGGAGGAGCAGGAUGAGAUCCCGCAGAUUCCCGAUCCCGACCAGGACAUGGGAAUCCUGCCCAAGGAGAUCCGGAAGCUGGUGGAGAGGAGGAGGCAGGUCAAGCAGCUGAUGAAGCAGCCCGAUCUCAACCCCGAUCUCCUCAUGCAGUAUGACAUCAGGCAGAAAGCUCUGAAGCUCACUGCUAACAGCAUGUACGGCUGCCUGGGGUUUGCCUUCAGCAGAUUCUACGCUAAACCACUGGCUGCCCUGGUCACGCAUACAGGGCGAGAGUCGGGGAUGCGAGACACACUGUUCCUGCUGCACUGCUGCCCCUCUUGUGUUUACGUGUCCCUGGAUGGUGAAAGGUCAGGGUGA